UCAUCUUCCCAAGCUGAUACAAGAUGCGUUUCUCCACCUCUGCCGCCGUCGUCGGCGCCGUCCUCUCGUCGCAAGUCUCUGCACAGGACCCAAUCAGCGCCUUCACCCUCAAGGCAUGGAACCCAUCCUCCACCCUCCAAGGCGAAGACGUCAACGCCGCAGGCUUCGGAUUCUACCUCGGUCUCGAGGGCCCGGCCACGUACUGCCCAACCAUCCCAGAGCUCUCUUGCCCUGCCGGAAACGAGACAGUAGUGUAUAAGGGAGGGAUGUCCCUAUCCGUCGUUGUCCCAGGUGGCCAGCAGACUUUCGUCGAGGCCUCGGGGGCUAUUAGUUACACCCAGGCUCACUCCGCCUCCGUCCCGGCUGGAGCUUAUAUCGGUGGCUUCACCUCAUACACCACCCUUGAUGGCAAUGGAGUCAACCAGACCAUUGUCAGCUGGGAGACUCCUGAGCACCCAACCUUUGCUGGUCUUGUUGCUUGCCCCAAGGUCUCGGAAUACGUCGAUGCCACGGCCACUCACCGCAUCUACGGACGCACUCCUGGGUUCAACCAGACUGACUGCGUUGAGUUGAAGGGCCUCAUUGCUGUUGCGCAGCCAAACAACGAUCCUGGCGCUUGGCAGUACACUUAAAUGUCUCUGUUGGCUGAUCAGUCAGGUAUCUGAUAUGCAUACUAAGAGGCAUGGGAUGAGAAUGAAGUUGACGAACGAAUUAAACGGCGGUGUUGGUUUGAUCUGAUGGUAGAUUUAUCGAUCAAUGUUAUGUUUGAUAUUGCUUAAAAAUGUAAUAUUAAUUUUAACUCAUGUAUGACCAUUGUCUCGUUCUUGAUUUUAUAUACUGUAUGCAACCCCGCCCGCUCAUUGGCUCAGACA